UUCAUGCACCGCAUUUCGCACUUUAAAUGGUGUAACGCAUAUUUUACGUGAUUCUCUACUCUCCGGACUUCGAAGAAUUUGCUAUUUCGCGUUGCUUAGCUCGAUCUUACACCGAAUGCCAUGGCAGAUGGAGUAGGCAUUGAUCUGGGCACAACACACUGUUGCCUGUUCGUGUACAAACACGGUCGUAGUCCUCAGGUUAUUAAGAACCAAGCCGGCGAUACAACCACACCGUCCUGGGUGCGCUUGGAAAAAGACGGGAUGGAUGUGGGCAAACACGCCAAGCGACUGAGUCCGGAAAGCAGCCGCAAUACUGUCCGUAAUGCUAAGCGUAUCAUCGGACGCAGCUUCGACGAUCCCGCGGUGACGACGGAACGCAAUUUGAUGCCCUUUGCAAUUAUCAGCGACCGAGGAACUCCUGCGAUACGGGUGGAUCAGUGCAGUGAGGCGGGUGAAGUCAUUUGGCAAAAGGUUAUCCGUCCGGAAGAGAUCAGCGCCAAGAUGCUGGCGUAUUUGAAAGAGAUGGCUGAAGGAUUCCUGGGCAACGAAGUGACCACAGCGGUGGUGACAAUUCCUGCUAAUUUCAUGGAGACCCAACGCGCCGCCACGCUGACCGCCGCCCGCCUGGCCGGCUUCAAAGACGUCAGCCUGUUGAACGAACCGACGGCGGCCGCAAUCGCUUACGGCGGCGUGGUGGACGAGCAGUGCACGAUUCUGGUGUUCGACUUCGGCGGCGGUACUCUGGACAUCAGCAUUAUGAAGGUGGAGGGCCGCAACGAGUACCGCGUCCUCAGCACAGACGGCGACAUGUAUUUGGGCGGGGAGAACUUCGACAGCGAAAUUGUUCAGCAUUUCCUAGACGAUAUUCACUGCCGCCACAACAUCGAUUUGGCAAACGAUAGCAAAGCCCUUGCGAAACUGAAACUGGUCGCCGAAGCAGCCAAAAUUGCGUUGUCCAAUCCGUACACCAGCACUUACAGGGAAACAGUGCAUAACCUGCGCGAUAACUUCGAUUACGACAUGGUGCUGACAAAGGCGACCUUCAGCGGAAUGUUUCGCGGCCUGCUCGAGAAGAUCCUGGUUCCGGUAAAGAACGCCCUGGAAGCCGGUAACUUGACCCCGGGCGAUAUCGAUAAGGUCAUCUUGGUGGGCGGCAGCAGUCGGCUGCCGGUGGUUAAGGAGAAGCUGCAAGCGUUUUUCGAUCGAGAAGGAGUCGUGUGCGUAGAUGCCGAUCCGGAUGAGGCGAUUGCACGGGGUGCCUCUAUGCAGUCAUACCGUAUCAACAACCGACAGGCCACGAACAUCCAGGAGGUCACAGCUUACCACUACGGACUGGAAGUUGUGGAUGAUUUGCUGCUGGGCACUACGCGUAUCAUGAGCUUAAUUCCCCGGGGAACAGCGUAUCCUACGAGCGUUACGAAAGCUACCGUUACAGCCCGCGAUUAUCAGCCUGCCUCAAAGUUCGAUGUUUAUCAGAGUAAGCGUGGAUUCCAUAUCGACAAAUUCCGCAUUGGUGGGUUUGUCAUUCCGGAUCUGCCUCUGCGGAAGGCCGGCGAGUGCCAGUUUAAUGUGACGUACAGCAUUGAUCGGAACAACAUUUUGCACGCUGCGGCCCAAGGCAAAGGUCAUGUUGCCCAUUACCAGUAGAACAUCGACAUCCGCUUGGAUAAUGUUGUGUAAUGCUUGCGAAUCG